AUGAACAUCAAAGUCUAUGUUCGGAUCCGCCCACUGAAGAAGGAUGGGCAUUCUGAAGACAUUAAAACCUCUCCGCGGUCUGUUCAGAUACGUGACAAGAAAUUUUCCUUUGAUGGUGUCUUUCCGAUGACCACAGAUCAGCAAACAUUUUAUACAACAGCACUCAACGGGUUCAUCCCACAAGUUAUUGAAGGGUACAAUUGCACGUUUUUUGCGUAUGGACAGACGGGUACCGGCAAAACGUUUACGAUGGAAGGAGAAGAGAAGAAUGAAGGGGUUAUACCGCGACUUGUGUUUGAGUUGUUUGAUGUGUUAGAAAAGAAGGGGCUGAAAUAUGUGAUGAAGGUGACACACAUUGAAAUCUAUAACGAAAAGGUGUUUGACCUCCUCUCUCAAAAUAAAGAGGAACUUUUUGUGAGGGAAAGAAAGAGUGGAGGGGGGUGUGCACCCGUCAAUGCCACUGAAAUGACUGUGACACGUGACAACGUCAGAGAAAUCCUCGCACGGUCGACCGCUCAACGAACAACCGCACAAACAGACUUGAAUCCCAACUCGUCGCGUUCGCAUUGUAUAUUCACUGUUAUUGUUCAAAUAGCAACAGAAAACAUGAUAGAAGGACCUACGGUUCGUAUUGGAAGGAUCAAUUGUGUUGAUUUGGCUGGCAGUGAAAAUUGUAAACGUGCGGGUGUUCUUGGGGACAAGGUCAAACAAAUUGAAGGAAUGGCAAUCAACCAAAGUCUACUUGUGUUGAAUCGUGUCAUCAUGGGCUUGAGCAAAGGAGAUAAAUAUAUUCCUUAUAGGUCUUCUGCACUUACUCGUAUAUUAGCCGAUGCGUUGGGGGGCAAAAGUGUCACUGCGAUGGUCGCGACUAUUUCUCCAGAAGUUGAAGACGAAGAGGAAACAUUAAGUUCUUUGGACUACGCAAAACGAGUCAACACCAUCAAAAACUCGCCCAAGCAGAACGAAGGCAUUCGUAAAGACGUUUUCUUUCAGAAGAAAUUGGAGAAGAUUGGCGAGCUCAAGAGAAUGAUCAACGAGGGAAAGGAGGGGGACAAACAGCUCAGCGAGGAGGACAUUGAAAAUCUGCGAAACGAGUUGAGUCGAGUGAACAGAAAAAACCAAGAAAUGCAGUUGCUAUUUGCCGCUGCAAAAGGCGAAGUCGAGGUGGCAAAAUCCGAAUUGAAAAACGCUGUUUCAUACAUUGAGAGUAAAAAACAAGACUGCAUUGAGCUGAAAACCAUAUUGAAGAAAGUGGUCUCCAGUGUUAUUGUUCUCACUGAAGAGUGUCGAAGAAUUGAAGAAGUCUAUCGGAAAAAUCAGGACAAAAUCAAAAUGAGCGAAAAUUCAGUGAAAGACCGACGGACGUCAGUUAUUAAACAAUGCAGUGACAUACAACAAGGGGUUUCGAUGGUGGAAGAUGUCAAACAAAAGUUGUGUGGUGAAGGAAAGAAGAUGGAAGAAGUACAACAACCAAUCAAACUUGUUAGUGGUGUGGAACUGGAGCGUGUCGUGCCAAGAAAACUUGGUGGUGUUGUCCAAGCGCAAUUUGUGAAUUGGGAAAAGGAUGGGCGAAAUGCGAUUGAGGCUCGAAAGAGGGCGUUUUACAAAGAUGUUGAAGAGAUCAAAACCGUGUACAAAGAAAUUCAGAAGAAAAAAGACGAGAUCGAGGCGCUCAAAAAUAUGUCAAAGCAAGACGAAGAACAAGAGAAAAUUUGCUUCCAAAAUGGGUUCACACAGAUGUUGGAGUCCAUUCAAAGUGAGACCAAGCGCAUUGAAAACGCGAGUGUUGAAAAUACAAAAAUGGAAGAAGAUGAAGAAAAGGAGUUUGAACAAAAGAAGCGUGAAAGAAACGAAGCGGUGCAAAGGAGCAUUGCGGAAGGUCUUUUGAAGAUCCAAAAAGUGAUUGACCAAAUUGGUGUGGAAGUUGGUGCGAGUCAGUCCUUCUAUGAAAAUUGGCUCAGCGACAAAAUCGAAACCCGCCAAAAGCAAAUCAGUGAUGAAAAGAAGAAAAUUGUGUUCCCCAAAAUUCACAUGAAAAUAAAUGAAAUUGAAACGGUGAUGACCACCAGUAAAACAAAGAGGCAGGAAUUGGAGGAAAAAAUGCAGCGCGAGAUGACAGCCAAAAAGGCCGAAAUAAAAGAGAAGAUAACUUUAAGUCAAACGGCGUUUCGAAAAAUAUCUGCCGAUGUCGAAGAAGAUGAGGCAAAGUAUGAAAAGGGAUGUAAAAAGCACGUUGCAAAUAUUAUGACUUACGUUGAUGGCGCAAUAGGUUCUGAUGGGUUCAGUGUAUUACUCAAAAGGGACAUCAACAACAUUGGUAAAGAAAUGGCGAGAAAAGAAGCAAUUGGAAACACUGUAUGUACUGAGUGUGAGUUGUUGUGUUCAAGCGUUCAAGAUCGAUUUGGCGUUGUGAAAGAACAAAUGUGCCAGAUGGAAACUGGUGUAGAUGGGGAGUUGUAUGAACUUGAGGGGUGUGAACAAAACCGGGUAGAACUUCCUUUAACCACAUUUAAAGGAAGAACUUCUGUUGUGCCGUCCUUCGGGAAAGACUUAAAUGAGCAAAUAAAAAAGAUGGAUGAGCUUUGA